GCCAGAAAAUUAAAUAACUGUGAGUAAGCUUCACCUUGAUAAAGAAGACAGUUACUUUGGUUUGGUUGAAGUUGAAAGGAAAAAGUAAUCAUAGUAACUUAGGCGUUCAUAUAAUUUGGUUUUGUUGUUCUAUUAUAUUUGGGUUGAUAAUUUAAUGUUGCUUGUCAAUUAGCUUUGUCAACCCAAUAUUUUAAAAAUUCUCGCGUAUAACGUUUAUGGAUGUACUAAUUAGUUUAUCACAAUUUUAUUCUCCACACUAAGUAUUAAAUAGUAUGUAAGCAUAAGAACUCAUUCUGUAAAUAUAUUUCUCUCUCUAGAUCGACGAGAUAGCCAUCGAGGAGUUCAUAUCAUAUCCAUGGCGAUAUCUCACGCCCUGCAGCCGUUGCUUCCUUUUCACCUCCUUGUGUCACUCUUUGUCUUACCAACUAUUUUCGCCGCCUCUGUCAGCGACUUCCGAAUCUGCCAGAAUUCUAAGCAGCCUCCCAUUAAAGUCAACGCUGUGGAGGUCUCUCCAUACCCAUUUACGAGUGGCACUAACGCAAACUUUACCAUAACCGGUUUUACAAGCCAAGAAAUACCUAAUGAUGCAGAAGUAAGUGUAGGACUCACUUCUGAUGGGACACUCGGCACGCGGUCACUUGUAACCACUUUAAAACGUUACUCCUCCCUCUGCGAUAUAACGUCAUGUCCUGUUGCACCUGGCUCCAUUGUGCUCACUUUCUCAAACAUAUUCAUUCCACAAGACUUACUACACCUCAUAGGAAAAGGAUACUAUGUGGGCAAGAACAUGGACAGAAUUAAGGAGAGCAGUUUCACGUGGACAAGUCUAAAGUGUUGAGUAUUCCUCUUGUUCCACACUUAAGACUGAGUAGUCAACAAAGUCCGGAAACAUAUGCGGAGAAGGAAGAUAUGGCGAAGGUUUCAUAUACUUCUGCAGUGGGUAGUUUGAUGUAUGCCAUGGUUUGUACAAGACCGGAUUUAGCCUACGCAUUUGGAGUUGUCAGCAGGUUUCUCUCCAAUCUGGGAAGAGAACAUUGGAAUGCUGUGAAGUGGAUUUUGAGAUAUCUCCGAGAGAUUUCUGAUUUGAAGAUUACAUUUGGAGGUAAGAAGCCUUUGCUUGUCAGUUACACUGAUUCUGACAUGUCUGGAGAUGUUGAUUCUAGCAAGUCUCUUUCGGAUUAUUUGGUAACAUUUGCGGGCGGAGCUGUGGCAUGCAGUCAAAGGCUGCAAUUUAUCUCUAUAAUAUUAUCAUGCUACACAGGGGAGAUAAUAAUGUGAAACAAUCAUACUUUGAUAAAAGUGGUUAGAAACAAAAUAACGAGGUGGGUGAUCAGUCCUGGAACCGCGUUAAAAAAACAAUAAUGUGAAACAAUCAUAAUGUAAAAGCAGUAGAAAUUAGAAGAGUUUAUGGUUCUGUAGGAUCUUGAGAUGGACCAGGGAAGAUGAAGGUCGGAUAAAAGAAUACAAUGGCAGUACUUAAAGAUGCAUCAUUCUUGACAUGACAGGUAACUUAUGUUCUCAUCUGAGCUAUGUCCAUGAGUUAUAUGCCAUCGAAACAACAUCAAAAAGAGAUGCACAAAAAUGCUAUUUGUACAAUCAAAUGACUAAGUUCGUCUACAUUAUUUGAUUCAUGUUUGCCUAUUUCUUUGUGAUCUUCACCAUUAAAUAAAAUAGGUAAGCCUCUUCUGCAAUUAUAAUUCUUUUAAAGAUUUGUCUUUUCAUCUUAACAAAUGUAUAAUCAUAAGGAUUGCAUUGAUCUAAAAGAAGUUGUCAAGAAGUUUAAUAAUGUUUUUUUUUCUCCUAAAAAUUCUAUUGGGUUUAAAAGAAGAGUACCAAACAAGAACAAAAGCGACGCAGUUACCAGGAAUCCAACUUUAUACUAAAACCACAUUUAAAUAACCCAAGUGUGAAACAAAAGAGGACGACAACAAGUUGAUAAGAUUUAAGAUGGUGUGUUCCUUCAGGUUGCCUGGUGGCGCAGAUUGCUAGAAUUUCACCAAGCUUGGAACAUAAGAGCACACAAGUGGCCAGCACUUCAUGGGUGCAAAAUCACCAAGAUCGACUGAUUUGAAGUAUCCAUUUUCACCAA